UUUUGAUAUCCCCAAACAUAGCUCUUCUCACGAACCUCUGAACCAGGAAACUCACGCAGACAUCUACCCCUGAGAUCCCAGCUAUUCCGCAUCUUGCCAUGUCUCUUGUUUAGAUACUGCAAGCCAAUCGACGGAAACAAUGACAAUGUCUAACAAUUCAUCCCUGCCCUGGGCAGACUGCGAUACAGGCUUCCUCGACAGCGACGGCAUAGCCAUCCGCAAAUGCAGCACAGAAUUCCUCAGCACAUUGUGCACGGCAUACAUGGACUGUAUCGCAGACGACAAAAUUCACGUCCAGGACAGCAGCGCGAACCAGCUAUUCGAGCGCGUGAUGGACGAGCUUCGACGACUGUCAUCAUCCCCAACCCUCUUCCCAUCAACAGAGACACAGACCCGCUUCUGGUCUCUCCUAACCCACGCAAUUGAUACCCAGGUCACCGCCGCGCAGUCGAAAAUAGAUGAAGAGAUGAGAGCCGAUUUCCUCAUGCGGGCCAAUCUGCUUGCGAGGGAGGAAGAUAGAUUGUUACAAUCCCUCAAUCGCCCAACGUUUGCGGCUCCCCUAUCACUUCCAUUGGACAUGAUUUCUAAAAUUAGCCCUAUCAGUGUGCCGAACUCCCUUCCUCUGGACUCGAGUAUGAACAUACAUGGAUCGCUCUAGCUCCCAACAUAUACUUCGAUGUAAGUAUCCGCCCGUCCUACUUGCAUUCCCGUCCGGCCCUCAGCGUUUUUACACACACAUAUGGAGAAGGAAAGUUCAGUCGUUCGAAAAACAAAACCAAAAAGGUACGGACAACUUAUUUACUUUUCUAUUUGUUUGUUUGGCAGAAAUAUAGCGCGUUAUCCAGGGAGGCCAACGUUACUGAUCGCUUGGAGAAUUUGAGCUCAUGGACUGUAGCAGGGCGCGUGCUGGGAUUAAAGCGACGUAUUAUCAUUCUCGGAAUCAAGUUGUUGGCUUCCAAGUUGUCCUAUACAUGUGAACUAUCUAAACGCAUGCACAUCCCAUGGAACAAUGGAAAUGGAACUAGGUUUAAAUAUAUUUGUCUUCCAAGUAGGCAUAAGUAAACAAACACUUUACUCAUCAGACCAGAUAUUGCCCAACAAGGCUCUUCUGAAACAUCUACAUUUUACUUCUUUGCUUCCUUUAUUUUUCUAAUUUUUUUGGGGCGUGCUUGGCCGGUCUCAAUUCUUUAAUUUGACCCAGUGUUGGCACCGUCAGCUGAGAUAGAGUAGUCUAGUUUGGAAUUUUGACGCUGCAUCUAGGCUUUUGACAUAACGCUUCGAGUGUAAUUUCAGUGAAUAUUUAUAUACACAUUUUCUGAUACGUUGCUUCAGCCAGAUCUGACCUCAGAGAUCAGGGAAAAAGCUUCCAGCUAUGAGGGAUUAAACAGCAGACUAUAAUGCAUUGCCCGCCACUCCAAACCAUGUUUGUACGAG